AUGUUCACAGGACUUGUCGAGCAUCUCGGCGUGAUCAAGUCCAUCCACCCGACGACCGAGUUCGAGGGCUAUUCCUUCGUAAUCGGCGACGCAGGCGAGAUCCUGGGGGACUGCGCUAUUGGCGACUCGAUUGCUACCAACGGCGUCUGCCUGACUGUCACCCGGUUCGAUGCGAAGGAGGGAUGGUUCGAGGUUGGGCUGGCGAACGAGACGCUUUCUCGGACGAACCUGGGCAAGCUCGGAGUCGGCAGCAAGGUGAACCUGGAGCGCGCGAUGGCGGGACACGGACGAUUCGGCGGACACUUUGUCCAGGGCCACGUCGACACGACCGCCAAGAUCGUCUCCAUCACUCCCGACGGCGAUUCCAUCCGGCUUCUCUUCUCCCUCCCCCUCGAAUUUUACACCCCGCUCAUCCCCAAGGGCUACAUCGCUCUUGACGGCACCUCCCUCACCCUCACACACCUCUCCGUGCCCAAAGAAGGCGACGAGCACUUUGAGCCGGGCGCGCCAAAGGGAUUGUUCGGCGUCAUGCUUGUGCAGCACACGCAGAGCCGGACAGUCGUCGCGAUGAAGUCGGUUGGCGACACGGUCAACGUCGAGUGCGACGUAGUCGGCAAGGGAGUUGAGAGCGUCGUGCGUAAUGUGCUUGAGGGCGGAGGAGAGACGGGGGGUGCGCUUGAGCAGAUGAUUGAGCGGGCGGUCGAGCGGGUGCUUGCGAGGAAGGGCCUGGUGAAGGAGUAG